AUGGGCCUCGACGACAUCUUUGGCUUCGACGCCAACGCCUACGCGAUCAAGGUGCGCUACCUCACCGUGCCCGAGCUCAAGGCGCGCGAGCUCGCCAAGACGCGCCAGGUCCUCACGAGCUCGGCGGCCGGCGGGGCAUCCUUCGGAGCCGCGUUCGCGACGGGCGGCCUCACCCUCGUGUUCACGGCUCUCAGCCUCCGCAAGAUCGACGUAGCGAAGAAGAAGCUGGACAUGGUGGUCGCGGAGCUGCAGAGGCGGAGGGUGCCGCUCAAGGAGAACGUGACGAGGCGGGAUAAGGCGCUGGCGAUCGUGGGGGCUGACGGGGAUGGUUGCGGGGAAGCGAUGGGGAAUGCGAUUAGCGGUGAUGGCGCUGCGGCGGUGGGAGGAGGUGGUGGUGGUGGUGGUGGCGACGCGUACUUUCCGCAUGUUACGGCGGAGCAGAUGGCGGGGUCGGCGGCCGGGGCUGGCGUGCAAUGGGCCAUGAUGCAGUUUGGGCGGCGUGAUAAUUGUUGUGAGUGCAAUGAUGAGUACGAUCUGUGCUUCAACUGCUACUCGACUGAGGAUUCCCGACGAUGUAACGAUAGUACCCACGUUCUGCAACUGCGACAGAUUUGCACGUUUGGCCCGAGCGAGCCAUCGGUAUUUCUUCGAUAUCUUAGCGAUAUGACUGGCCGCCAGGGCUGCGCCUGCGGAAGCUGUGGCCGUGAAAUGGGUCAGGGGAGAAUCUACUUUUGCGAGACCUGCACCAAGGAUGGAAAAGGCUUUUCUUUAUGCCCCGACUGCUACGCCAGCGGUGUGAGCUGUCCCCUCGGCCACCAUCACUGCCUACGGGUGUUCUUAAACGCGGCGGUAGAUGAAGCAAAUGAUUUAAUAUACGAAACCACAUGCGGGAGCGCCACGGCCGGCUGCAACCACUGCUCGUCGAGCAUUCGCCAGGGCGCCAUCUAUCAGUGCAAGGACCCUUACUGCGCCUCUGCCGAUGGCCACUUUGAUAUGUGCCACCAGUGCUACAAUAAGGGCAUGACGUGCCACGGCCCUAGCCAUCAGCUUACCAUGUACUUUGCGUACCAAGCCACGGAGACGUGGCAGUCCAUAUAUACCGCGGACGAUGUUAGCUGCGAUGUUUGCUGCAACAAAAUUACGGAUGCAAUAUGCUACCCUCUUGUCGCGCUCGCCGCACUCGUAGAUGCGGCGCCUCAGGGCAUCGGCGGUGGAGGCGGCGGAGGAGGCUUCAGUCUGAUUCGGUUCGGCUGUUCCGAAGUCGUCAUCACACGUCUCGAUCCCCUUGUGAACCCUGGCAUGGCUCCUUCCACCCACAUGCACCAGGUCAAUUCCUUCAACGCCUCGAUGCCCGAGUCCGACAUUUCGGAGCUCGCGAGCUGCACCACGUGCACGUUUUCCGACGACUUGUCCAACUACUGGACCGCCAACAUGUACUUCAAGGCUCGGAACGGCACGUACAUGCGCGUCAAGCAGAUCCCCAACCGGUUCCUCGACGGCGCGGAAGCCGGAAUGACCGUCUAUUACAUGUCUCCCGGCGCAGGAAAGGUCACCGCCUUUAAGCCUGGAUUCCGUAUGCUCUACGGUGAUGCCUCCCGCCGCGAAAAGGACGGGAGCGGUUGGAAGACCCAGAGCUGUUUCCGGUGCUACUCGGGUCCCAACUUUGGCGGCGACGUCAUGUCUCCUUGCGCUGAUGCCUCGCUCGACUUCGAGGAGCUUCCUCCCCACUCUUGCCAAGGCGGAAUCCGAUCGACUGUGAACUUCCCUACAUGCUGGGAUGGUAAGAACCUCGACAGCGUGGACCACCAGUCUCACGUUGCGUACCCUACGAGUGGACCUACUUCGUUUGCGACAUUCGGUACCUGCCCUGAGAGCCACCCUGUUAUGAUUCCCCAGAUUUCCCUCGAAAUUGUGUGGGACACCACUCCGUUCAACGAUCCAGAGCUGUGGCCCGAGGAUGGCUCGCAGCCAUUUGUUCUAAGCAUGGGCGAUAGCACCGGAUACGGCCAGCACGGCGACUACGUUUUCGGCUGGAAGGGCGACGCCCUCCAAAAGGCCAUGGACGGCGGCUGCUUCGGGCCGUCGUGUGCCGGUCUCAAGACCCAAUCCUACGCCGACGCCAACAAGUGCAAGGUGGACAAUUAUAUCAACGAAGAAGUGGAUGGCUAUGACACAAACUACUCUGCCUCGGCCAGGCGGCCCACCGCCAAGCGCGCGAGUCAGCUUCCGAGAGAGGGGACGCCUUACCCGCGUGACGCUGUUCCCGGUGGUCGGGACGUCGAGACCCCUACGGCGUCAUGCGCGUAUUUGUUUGGUCGAGGCUACUCUGAAAAUCCUGCUGGCCAUCGCCACGACAUGCAGCUAUACACGGCGCAAAUAUUACUCGCCCUCGCCUCAUCCCCGCUCCCCUGGACGGGCAACGACUCGUUCCACCUCAUAGGCUACUCCUUUGGUGGGGCGCUCUCCGCGGCCUUCACCCGCCUUUUCCCGAACAUGGUCAAGUCCGUGACCCUCGUCGCGCCGGGAGGGCUCAUCAGGCAGGCUCACACGGACUGGAAGCAGCGCCUGCUCUACUCGACGGGUCUCUUGCCUGAGCGGCUCCUCGAGCACACUGUCCGCCGGCGCCUAGAGCCGCUCAACUUCGACGGCGCGAGCAUUUCCAAAUUCCUCCCCGGAACCACGGUGGAGGCGGCGAUGACGUGGCAGGUCGCCCAGCACCCGGGCUUCAUCCCCGCCUUCAUGAGCAGCAUGCGCUACGCGCCCAUCUUCGAGCAGCGAGCCUUGUGGUCCGAGCUCGCGGGCAAGUUACGGGAGCGAAACGCUCGAGGCGCCACGCUCGCGCGUGACGGGGUCCGCGAGGGGCAGGGACGUGAAGUCCCUCUGGAUCCUCUUCCUAUUCGCGGGGACAAGGUGCUCCUAGUGCUAGGGCGGGCGGAUCCGGUGAUCCUGCUGGAGGAGUUGUGCGAGGACGCCAAGGCGGUGCUAGGGGAGGAUAUGGUUGCGGUGCUGGCGGUGGAUGCGGGGCACGAGCUCGUGAUGACGAGGGCGAGGGAGAUCGCGGCGGCGCUGCCGGGCUUCUGGAACGGUCGGGGACUUGAAGGGACGAGCUGA